ACGAUGUUAGAAAUUUGACAUUCAUAUUUUUUUGAAAAAGGCGAAAAGGUUGUUCAUUCACAAACAAUCAAACCAAUCCGAGUCGGAGUUUUGAAGUAUUGAAAUUGUCAAUUUUAGUUUUUGAAACUGCGUAAAAUACUUCUUGUAUAAUUAUUAAUGCUUUCUGUCAGUAUUAAGUUCCGAUACAGUGAUGGAUCGAAAACAUAUCAUGAUGUGUAUUGAAAUGACAAAGGCGAUACAAGAAAAGAAUUAUCAUGCUGUACUAAGACUUUUAGAUGAAGAAAAUUUAGAUGUUGAUUCUGAGCUGAUGCUUCACAAAUACCCAAUAAUGAUCAGUAUUGAAUCUAAUGCUAUUACUAUAGGAAAAUUUUUAAUCAGCCGUGGCUGUAGCCUCAGUUUAAAAAAUGUUCAAGGACUUACACCUCUUCUCUUAGCUGUGCAACUGUUAAAUUUUGAUUUUGUGAAAUUGUUGCUUGAUAACAGAGCAGAUCUGACUAGCCAAGACAAUGAAGGAAGGACAGCUUUGCACCUUGCUGCACAAAUGAAUUCCUUAAGAAUGGUUCAGUUGUUGAUGAAGAAUCCAUCUGUCUCAUGUGUUUUAAAAAUGUUGGACAAAGAAGGAAAGACACCCUUUAUGUAUGCUUGUGCUCAUGGCUCUCAAUCCCUUAUUUCCUAUAUCCUGGAUAAAGGAGAAUGCAGUGUGAAUGAAGCAUAUGGACAAUUUCAAGACACCCCUCUUCUCACUCUCAUCUCAAAUUACAAUUGUUCCUCUGAGAUUAUUAACAAAAUUCUGGAUGCUGGUGCAAACAUCAAUCAUCUGAACAAACUGAAUGAGACACCACUCCUUAAAGCAUUUCAUGAAUUAAAAUCUAACAAUAAAUUGUUCCAUCAUAUUUGUGCCCUGCUAAUAAUGAGGGGGAGUAGAGUCAAUGUGAGGAACUCUUUAGGAGACACACCCCUCCACAUUGCAGUGUCCAUGAAUAAUGAAACCCUUGUCCGCAAACUACUUAAUGCCGGCAGUCUGGUCAAUGUCACAAACAAUUUCGGUUUAACUCCUCUGUUUUAUGCUUGCAAAAAAGGUUUGCAGAAAAUUGCUUCUCUUCUUUUGGACUGUGGAGCCGAUGGUAAAGUCAUCGAUUGCCUUGCAAGUGAAUAUGAGUGGCUGCUGCAAAAUGAAAGCUUGUUAUAUCCCAACACUUGUUCGGUUUUGAGUUACGUCUUCAACAAAUCUAGAGAGUGUCGCGAUCUCCGCAGUUCCUGCCGGUUGGUCAUUCGUAGAAAUCUCGUCGAGAGCAUCGACCGGAGCGCAUUGGAGCUUCCUCUGCCUCCCUCUUUGGUUAAGUUUAUACUGCUUUGUUGAGUGAAUUUUACAAAAUGUGAUGUAAAUAUACUGUGUAUUUUAUAAACUUUUACAAUUUUGUUCCCCUUUUUUAAUAAUGCUUGUUGGAAAUAAAUGUUUGUUGACUAA